AUGCUUUUAGUAAAAAAUAUCAAUCAAUACGCUCUUAUUUUUGUUUACAAUCAUUUAUUUUCAUCGAAACAAAAAAAAGAAGGAAUGAUACUACCAGCAGCAAAUAUCGCAUGGAUCAAUUUCACAUGUUACGUAUUCCACAUAAUACUCAACGGGUUCAGGACAACAUUUAAGAGGUUUUGCAUCGACGUAGAUGAUUUCGACAUCAUCACAACAGCUGUAACAGUCGCAACCACAGUCACAGCAGAUGUCACAAUCACAAUCGCAAUCGCAACAGCAAGACAUGGAGAAAUGAAAGCACUGAAAUGUGAUGAAAAUGGCAAUGCGUUUAUAUACGAUUGGUUUUUCACAACAAAAACAACAAUUAAUUUUCAAUUGAAAUAG